GAGGAAGAGGAGAGGAAGAGGAGAGAGGAGCUGGAAAGGAGAAACACGCUUGGACUCGGAUUACACAAAGAGCUCUCCGGAGAUGUCGCAGAAAAAGGAAAACGGCGGAGUGAAGAUCAGCAAGUCUCAGGCCAAUGACCUGGCUGUGGUGAUCGCUCGCAUGCAGAAGUAUGCAGACCAAGUGGAGAAAAACAUCCUGCAAUCAGAGAAGUCGCUGGCUGUGGACGCAGAGCGAGGCAAAAAGGGCCAGCCGCUGAUCCACCAGAAGGAGAAUGCCGACAACCUGGCGGAGGCCGAGGGGCUGCUCAAGGACCUCUUCAUGGACGUGGGUAAAGCCAAGAAGCUGCAGCACCCGCAGGCCAAGGAGAUAGAGAAAGAUGUCAGUAACCUCCACGAUCGCUGGGCCAGGAACUGCGCGACCUACAGGGACGUUUACGCCCAACUGCAGGACGUGGAUCGGACACAAAAGAUCGACUGGGGACCUCUGCUAGAUGAAAAACUGAAACAGCUGAAGUCGGAGGCGUACGGUCCCAACCUGUCCGAUGCAGAGAAGCAGAUCGCAGCACACAACAUUCUUCACCAGGCCAUCGAGGCGUACAGCAGCCAGCUGCAGCCCAGCAGCGCCGGCUCACAGGAGCAGUAUGCCGCCCUCAAAAAGAAAUAUGCAGAGCUUCUGGAGAGCUCCCAGCAGAGGCGCAGCCACCUGGCCUCCCUCUACGAGUACAUGCAGAGCUGCAGCAAGGAGCUGGUCUACCUGUCGGGCCAGCAGGAGAGGCUCCUCCAGAGGGACUGGAGCGACCGCAUGGUCGACCCCGCCGGCGUCCGCAUGGAGUACGAGAAAUUCAAAGCCAACGGACUGCUAGCACACGAGCGGGAAGUCAUCCAGCUGCAGGAUGAAGGAGAUCAUCUCGUGGACAUGAAACACCCCGGCAGCCCCACGAUAAAGGCGCACAGGGACACGGUGCAGGCCGAGUGGCAGGCCUUCCUCAACCUGUGUCUGGCUCAGGAAGCCCACCUGGACAACGUUGAUGAAUACAAGAAGUUCCAGCUGGACGCGGAGCAGCUGUCCGACUCUCUGGAGCGACUCGGAUCCACUCUGGAGCCCAAGUCUUUGGCCAGCAAGAGCAAACCUCAGGUCCUUCUGGCUCUGGAGGGAGACGAACCGGCCGUGAGCAGGAACGAGCAGCGUCUGGCGGCGCUCAGGGAGCUCAGCGGCAAAGUUGUGCCUCUGAGGUUACGGAGAACCAAACCCAGCAAACCCACCACCGUCGUGUCCCUGUGCGACUGGGCGGACGAAGAGGACUCGGUGAGGCGUGGUGACACGCUAACCCUCAAGUCCAACACCGACAAUAAGAACUGGGAGCUUCAGAACAGCAGAGGGAAGAUCAAAACCCUCCCUGGGGCGUGUUUCAUGAUCCCGCCGCCUGAUGCCGAGGCCCUGGAGACAGUAAACAGGCUCGACAAGCAGCUGACGGACCUGAAGAGCCGCAGAUCUGCUCUGAUCACCUCCCUGAAGAACCCGAACGUGGAGGUGGUUCGCCCUCAGAAGGCAGCCGCUGUGCAAAGUGCUCCAGAAGAUCCCAGAGCUGCAGAGCUCAACAGUGACAUAGACCGAAUCAACAACGCCCUGGAGAAGAGCGAGAAAGAAAUCCUGAACCGCCUGAGGGCCCCGCUGGAUAACCGCAACCCCGCACAGGACCUGGCGAGCCGGCUGCAAGAGCACGAGAAAUCUGCUCUGACUGUGAGGAAGCUGGAGUCGGAGAAGGCUGCCGUCCAGAGGGAGAUGGAUCCCAUUCUGGCCAAGAAGCCUCUGGGCCCGAUGGCCUCGGCUCUGCCCCCAAAACUCAGCGCUGCCGACAAGAAGAUCCACGACCUCAACACGCUUAUUGAUCUCUACAACAAAAAAUCUACGGCCUCCAUGUUCCUGGAGAAGCAGAUCCAGAACGUGGACGGCAUCGUCUCCGGGUUGGAGGAUCAGCUGACUAAAGACACCGCCAUCCUUGAUCAACCUACCGCUCUUCAGAACCGCAACAAGAAGCUGCAGGCGUUGAGUAAAGAAGCCGCCUCGAGGAAAGACGAGCUGAAUAAAUUAGGCAGAGAGUUGGAUCUGACGGAGAAAGCGAGCAGCUCCCUGAGGCAGAAUUUCAAUGAAUACUGUCCCGACAUCCAGCGCCAGGGGACCCAGGUGAAAAACCUGAAGAACCGUUACGCUAACGUUAACAAUCAGCUCCAGGACAGAUCUGCUCUGGUGCAAAAAGCCACCAAUAAAAAUCAAGAUUUCCAGAAUGCCGUUCAGUCGCUGGACUUCUACUUGGUCAAUUUGCCCAAUAACACCAUCAAACCCACUGAUGACGUCGCGCAGAUAGCAGCCAAGCAGAAGUCUCAGAAGAGAGUGGUGGAGGACAUCGCGAAGAAGUCGGACGAUUUGGAUCGAGUCAUGGAUCUCUCCCGUGAUCUGCAGGGCGUUUUAAACGAGUACGAGAUCAAGUCAAACACGUACCGUCGCGCUCUGAACGACGACACCGACGAUGACGAAGAAGACGAGGACGAGGUGCCGGUUCCGAAGAAACGCCAAACAUCUACUCUGGCUCAGGGUGUCAGGAAAACGGAGAAAGAUCUUCUGAACCUCUUUUCCGUGGUGUCGGCAGAGAACAACCAGCUCCUCAGUCAGCUGGGGACGGCGAAGAACAUGAAGGCUCGGAACGAAGAGAAAGUCAGCGAGGUAGUCGUCAGUCAGCAGCUGCAGCUUCAGAGCCAGCAGAGGGACCUGGAGAAAACCGACAGCCUGAAAAGGGAAUUGAACGAGGAGGUUGAGCGGCGCUUGCACGCUGAAAAAGAACUGGAAACGUACCGUAGGAGGUUUUUGUCUCUGAAGAACAGGAGAGGAGUGGAGAGGCUGGAGGAGAAGGAGGUGGUGCAGUAUUACCGCGACCCCAAACUGGAGGUGGAGCUGAAGUCUCUGAGGAAUCGGAUCCAGGACGAAGAACUGAAGAGGUCGAAAACCCGUUCGGAGAUAGAAAUAUUCAACGAGAAGAUCAUCAAACUGGAAUUAGAGCUGAUCAAAGUCGAGCCUAAACUCGUGACCAAGGUGUUCACCGAGUACGAGAGAGACCCCGGGCUCGACAAAGAGGCGGCCAGGAUUAGAGAGGAGAUGCAGAGGAUACGCCUGGAGCUCCAAACGAGAGACACCGAGUCGGUGCAAGUGAAAACUGAGCUCACGGUUCUGUCUCAGCAAAAACCAAAAAUCAAAGAGAAGGUGGUCAAAAAGGAAGUGGUGAGGCUCGAAAAAGAUCCAGAGAUGCUGAAAGCUGUCCUCACGUUCCAGAACGACAUCGUAGAGGAAGAGUCGCGGUGCAAGUCCCUGAAUGACGGCAUUUUCACCAUUAGGAGCGAGAUAAACACAAUGGAGAGAGUCAUCCCCACCAUCCAGCCCAAGGUCGUCACCAAGGUGGUGAAGCAAGUGCAGCAAGAUCCAGAACUGCUGGACGAGUCGAAGAAGCUACGAACGGCCUUGGCAGAGGAGAAGGAUGAGACUGCCAUCUUGAAAAAAGACCUGACCACCCUUCAGCUACGUUACAAUGAAGUGGAUAAGCUCAGACAGAAAGUGGAAGUCAAGGAGAUCAUCAACGAGAUCUACAGAGUCGACCCCGAGACAGAAGUCGAGCUGCUUCGUCUGAGGAAAGAGCUGCAGGAUUCGAGCCGAGGCCGUACGGACCUGGAGAAAGAAAUUACCACAGUGACGACAUCCCUCACUACCCUGCGAGCUCAGAAGCCCAAAGUGGAGUACAAGGAGGUGACCCAAGAGGUGAUCAAAGAAGAGAAGAGUCCUGAAGUUGUGAGGGAGCUCCAAAGGCUGAACAACCAAGUUUCCCGUCUGCAGCUCAACUAUGACACCACCAUCGAGCUGCUGACCCACCUCCGUAAAGAAAGAGAUGAACUGAAGGCGGAAAAAUCUAAAGUGGAGACAAAGCUGGUGAAUAGAGAGAUCAUUAAAUAUGAGAAUGAUCCUCUGUUGGAGAAAGAGGCGGACAGACUUCGAAGGGAUGUCAGAGAAGAGAUUCAACAGCGCCGCACCGUGGAGGAAUUCCUCUUUGACCUCCAGAACCAGUACAUCGUCCUUGAAAGGCAGAAGCCAGAAGAGAAAAUCGUCAUGCAGGAGGUGGUUCGUCUUCAGAGGGACCCCAAGCAGAUCGUGGAGCACGAGAAAUUAAACAAGUCGUUGGAUGAUGAGAUGAAAGCCCGUAGAAAACUUGAAUUGGAGGUCAGACAGCUCAGAGGUGUGGUUAAAGAAAAAGAAGGCACCCUGGCUGAGAUGGAUGAUCGUCAGAAGAAGAUUCAAGUGGAGUCAGAGCUCAGACAGAUCAGAGCUCGCAUUCUUGAGCUGGAGACGUCUCCAACACCUGUUGAGGAGAAGAUCAUAAUUGAGGAGGUGCUGAAAGUGGAGAAGGAUCCUAAGCUGGAGAAACUCACUGAUGGUAUACGCGUCGACUUGGAGACUGAAGGCACCAACAUUAGUCGUCUCGAGAGAGAAAUUCGUAACCUGAGGCUGAAGUUGGAAAUUCUGCAAAAGGAGAAGUCAGUUGAGAAGGUUGUGUACAGAGAGGUUGUUCGUGUCGAGAAGGAUCCAGCAGUGGAAGCUGAAAGAGAACAUCUCAGAGAGCUAGUAUCACAGGAGAGGAAUCUGAGACGGGACCAGGAAGAUAUCCUUCAGAGCAUUAGCAUCAAAAUUAGCCAUCUGCAGACAUCAAAGUCUACGACGUCUCAUGAGGAGACCACGCUCAUCUCCAGCAGAGACGCUCUGCAAAGAGAAAAGGACGAUCUCCUCAAACAGCUCAGAAUGCUGGAGGCCCAAAGACAGACCAUUAACGUAACCUUCCAGCAGCAGUCCAAGCUGAUGAGCGAGAGGAACCAGAUGGCUCGACAGAGAAGUCUUAAGUCGUCCUCUGAAGUGCAGCGACUGGAGAAGGAGAUUCUGAAUGAGAAGGACAAAAUACACCAGAGAGAGACGCUCAUCAUGGAGCUGCAGAACAACCUUACCAAAGAGGACCAUUCUGAAACCCACACCAGAGAGACAAACCUUUCCACAAAAAUCUCCAUCCUGGAUCCAGACACUGGUAAAGACUUGUCUCCCUAUGAUGCCUACUUGCAGGGACUAAUUGAUAGAAACCAGUACAUUAAACUGUCUGAGCUGGAGUGUGACUGGGAGGAAAUCACUUCAACUGGUCCAGAUGGGAACACAACGAUUUUGCAGGAUCGAAAAAGCGGGAAGCAGUACUCCAUCAAGGAUGCUCUGAAGUCCGGCCGCCUGACCGAGUACGACCUGACCCGCUACAGGGAAGGGAAAAUGACCAUUUCUGAGUUUGCCCUCCUCGUCGCUGGGGAAGAAAAUAAGCCAGUUGUUCCUGUUCCAGUUGUUCCUCCAAUGCCCCCAAGAUCUCCUACCAAACCCGUCCCGUCCUCUCCCUUGAGCUCCAUGCCGAAGCCCCUGAGGUCCUCCUACUCCAGCCUCAACUCUCACCACAGUGGCAGCUUGACUAACCUCAGUGCUUCAGCCGGGGACGAGCACUUCCCAAUCUCAGGGAUAUUUGACAACACCACUGAGAGCCGCAUGUCUGUGAGAAGCGCCCUCACCCGCAAACUCAUCGACACCGACACAGCUCUGAAGCUCCUGGAGGCGCAAGCAGCCUCCGGCGGAAUCGUUGAUCUCACCAAAAAGGACAAGCUGUCCGUGCACAAGGCGGUCGAACACGGUCUCAUCGACUCGAGCCACAUGUAUAAGCUUCUGAAUGCCCAGAAGGCCUUCACAGGAGUGGAGGACCCCGUGACCAAAGAGCGUCUUGCAGUCGGGCAGGCGGCACAGAAGGGGUACAUUCCCCAAGAACAAGCCCGGCGCUACAUGGAGGCGCAGUACCUGACCGGCGGUUUGGUGGAUCCCACCAAAGCAGGACGGCUCACCGUUAAAGAAGCCGUCGCCACCAAACUGAUCGACAGCACGACAGCAGAUGAGCUGCAAAAUGAGGCCACUCACACCAAGGAGCUGGUGGAUCCCAUCACGAAGGAGAAGAUGUCCUACAAACAGGCGAUGGAUCGGUGUAAGAGGGACAUCAGCACAGGACUCCUGCUGCUUCCUGUGGUGUCCACUGAUGCUUCCAACGCGCCAUCGUACUCAAGCUACAAGUUCAACUCCCCCUACAACAAAUACUAGAGCAGAGUUUGCUGCAGUGCUCGAGGAUAUAUGGUGACACAAAUGAAUAAGUGUAGAAGAAAUUUAAAAGAAAAAAAUGAUGUGUUCAUAAACAUAAAUUUUGAAAACUUGAAAUUUUAAGAAAAAAAAAAAGAAGGUUGAACUGUAGAUGUGGAUUUUUUUCUUUCUUUUUUUCAGAAAUAUUUUUGGUCUGCUGUAAAAAUGAGGGUAAUUUUUGUUAUGAAUGCUAAUUGUUCUUCAGCAUUCUGAGGAAAAAUUCUUCAUAAAUGCUUAUUAAACUCCACAAACUUCA